CUGGGGCAGCCUCCUCCCAUCCUGUUUGUCGAGGCCCCCGAAGGCCAGACCUGCUCCGUGCCCUGCUGACCCCGCCGAUGCCAUGACUGCUACCACCGCCCUGGUUCUUCCCGUCACCGUCAGCGUGUGCCGUCCCCGCCUGUGCCACCACCUGCUCUCCCGGGCACUCCCCUACUCUGGGGUCCCCCGGUGGUCUUCCCUUCCCUUCCCUCCUGAGGCUCCACCUACAGCGUCCUGUCUAUCAUGCCGUCCGACUCCGAGAGCAGCAGCUCGCUCAGCAGUGCUGGCACCACGGGGAAGGCGCCGUCGCCGCCACCCCUGCUGUCCGAGCGGCAGGUGGACGACAAGGUGGAGAACCUCUCGGUGCAGCUGCGCCUCCUGACCCGGGAGAGGAACGAGCUGCGCAAGCGCCUGGCCUUCGCCAGCCACGGGACGGCCUUCGACAAGAGGCCCUACCACAGGCUGAAUCCCGAUUACGAGAGGCUGAAGAUCCAGUGUGUGCGGGCCAUGUCGGACCUGCAGAGCCUGCAGAACCAGCACACCAACGCCCUAAAGAGGUGUGAGGAGGUGGCCAAGGAGACCGACUUCUACCACACCCUGCACAGCCGGCUCCUGAGUGACCAGACCCAGCUGAAGGACGAUGUGGACACACUGAGGCGGGAGAAUGGACAGCUGUUGCGGGAGCGGAAUCUGCUGCAGCAGUCCUGGGAGGACAUGAAGCGGCUCCACGAGGAGGACCAGAAGGAGAUUGGAGACCUCCGUGCCCAGCAGCAGCAGGUGCUCAAGCAUAACGGGUCGUCGGAGAUUCUCAACAAGCUGUACGACACGGCCAUGGACAAGCUGGAGGUGCUGAAGAAGGACUACGAGGCCCUGCGCAAGCGCUACAGCGAGAAGGUGGCCGCCCACAACUCCGACCUGAGCCGGCUGGAGCAGCUCGAGGAGGAGAACCAGAGGCUGGUGAAGCAGACGGAGAUGCUGGCACAGCAGCGGGACACGGCCAUCCAGCUGCAGCACCAGUGCGCCCUCUCCCUGCGCAGGUUCGAGGCCGUGCACCACGAGCUCAGCAAGGCCACGGCCCAGAACAAGGACAUGCAGUGGGAGAUGGAGCUGCUGCAGUCGGAGCUCUCGGAGCUCAGGAGCACCCAGGUGAGGACGGCCAAGGAGUCGGAGAAGUACAAGGAGGAGCGCGACGCCGUGUACAGCGAGUACAAGCUCAUCAUGAGCGAGCGGGACCAGGUCAUCUCGGAGCUGGACAAGCUGCAGACCGAGGUGGAGCUGGCCGAGUCCAAGCUGAAGAGCAGCACGUCGGAGAAGAAGGCGGCCAGCGAGGAGAUGGAGGCUCUGCGGCAGAUCAAGGAUACGGUGACCAUGGACGCUGGGAGGGCCACCAAGGAGGCGGAGACCCUCCGGAAGCAGUGCCGGGCCCUGUGCCAGGAGCUGAAGGAGGCUCUGCAGGAGGCCGACGUGGCCAAGUGCCGGCGCGACUGGGCCUUCCAGGAGCGGGACAAGAUCGUGGCCGAGCGGGACAGCAUCCGGACCCUCUGUGACAACCUGCGGCGGGAGCGGGACCGCGCGGUCAGCGAGCUGGCCGAGGCGCUGCGCAGCCUGGACGACACGCGCAAGCAGAAGAACGACAUUAGCCGGGAGCUCAAGGAGCUCAAGGAGCAGAUAGAGUCCCAGCUGGAGAAGGAGGCACGCUUCCGGCAGCUGCUGGCCCACAGCUCCCACGACUCGGCCAUCGACACUGACUCCAUGGAGUGGGAGACGGAGGUGGUGGAGCUCGAGCGGGACACGGAGGACGUGGACCCGGAGACCCUUGGGUUUGAUAUGGCCGAAGGUGUGAAUGAGCCGUGUCUGCCAGGGGACUGUGGGAUAUUCGUCACCAAGGUGGACAAAGGCAGCAUUGCCGAUGGCCGCUUACGGGUGAACGACUGGCUGCUGAGGAUCAACGACGUGGACCUCGUGAACAAGGACAGGAAGCAGGCGCUCCGGGCCCUGCUGCACAGCGGGGGCGCCAUCAACAUGGUGGUGCGGAGACGCAAGUCCCUGGGCGGGAAGGCGGUCACACCGCUGCACAUCAGCCUGGGCGGACAGAAAGACAGUGGCAUCAGCCUGGAGAAUGGCGUGUACGCAGCGGCCGUGGUGCCCGGAAGCCCGGCUGCCAAGGAGGGCUCCCUGGCCGUGGGGGACAGGAUUGUGGCGAUCAAUGGCAUCGCGCUGGACAACAAGUCUCUGAACGAGUGUGAAUCUCUGCUGCGUAGCUGCCAGGACUCCCUGACGCUGUCUCUCCUGAAGGUCUUCCCGCAGAGCACCUCGUGGAGUGGCCAGAAUAUCCUGGAAACGAUCAAGGACUCUGAGAAGAUGCUGAGCUUCCGGGCGCCAGGGCCGGACUCGCAGUGCCAGCCCCGACGGGGUGGGCUACAGCCUGGCAGCCCCGCGCAGACGGAGCUCUUCCCUGGGGACAGGCUGGAGGAGAGAAAGGAGCUGGGGCCAGCAGCGGAUGGCAGCGCCUUCCUGCACAGCCCGUUCCCCGGGACGCCCUUCCCCGCGUCCCCGAAGGCCUGCCCCAGCGCCUCCGAGCGCAGCCUUGCCUCCUUCCGCCCGCACACCUCCGGGGACCGUGGCUACGGGCUGGCGGACGCGCGGAGCCGCCGGCCCCUGCUGCCCUUUGAGGCGGACGGGGGCCCAUGCGGGGCGGCAGAGGCGCCCCCGGACAAGGUGGAGCCUGAGAGCGCCAGCACGGGCGGCACCUGGCCCAAGGCCGUGCUCAGCUCGGCGGCGCGGCCCGAGAAACUGUCUGUGUACAAGAAGCCAAAGCAGAGGAAGUCCAUCUUCGACCCCAACACUUUCCAGCGCCCCCAGACCCCGCCCCGCAUCGAGUACCUGCUCCCCGCACCUGGACCUGCCCGCUCCCCCCAGCCCACACGGAGAUCGGGCCCCCCGACGCCCCCAAAGCCGCCCCGGAGGAGCGACUCCAUGAAGUUCCAGCAGCGGCUGGAGACCAGCUCCGAGUCGGAGGCCACGCUGGUGGGCAGCUCUCCAUCCACCAGCCCGCCCGGCCCGCUGCCCCCCGACACGGACCCCGGGGAGCCCAUGCACGCCUCCCCCCCUCGAAAGGCCAGGGUCCGCAUUGCCUCCAGCUACUGCCCAGAGGGCGACGGCGACGUGGCCUGCCUGCCGGCCAAGAAGUCUUGCGACGAGGACCUCACCUCCCAGACGGGGGACGAGCCAGGCCAGAAGCGCCGCCGCCCUAAGUCUGCGCCCAGUUUCCGGCCCAAGCUGGCGCCGGUGGUGAUCCCUGCCCAGUUCCUGGAGGAGCAGAAGCGCAGCCCUGCCUGUGGGGAGUGCUCCCCGGAACCUCAGGACUGGCCGCCCUACUCACCCGGACACUCCGGGCGCCACAGCAACGCGCCCCUCUACCCGCACAGGCCGUCCAUGGGCACCAUCCCUCGGAGUCUGGCCCCCAGUGCCACCAUGAGCUCCAUCCUGAGGAACCCCGUCUCCACUGCACGCAGCCACCGGGCAGGCCCCUGCGGUUCUCCGCCCGUGCCCAGGGAGGUUGGGCCCCCGGGUUCGCAGCCCAGUGUCCAGCACCAGGGACGGCUGAGCCUGGACUUGAGCCGCAGAGCCUGUGGUGACUGCUCGGAGAUGAGAACCUCCCAUGGGUCCAACUCGCUGCCUUCCAGCGCCCGCCUGGGGUCUUCCUGCAACCUGCAGUUCAAGACGGAGCGCAUCAAGAUCCCGUCCACACCCCGGUACCCCCGCUCUGUCGUGGGCUCUGACCGAGGCUCCCUGUCACACUCCGAGUGCAGCACCCCGCCGCAGUCACCCCUGAGCAUGGACGCCUUGUCCUCCUGCACCCAGCCAUCAGCUGCCACAAUGCCUAGGGUCGCUGUCAACCUCGGGGAUCGGAGGAAGGACAGGCCCUACAUGGAGGAGCCUCGCCACGUCAAGCUGCAGAAGGGCUCGGAGCCUCUGGGUAUCUCCAUCGUGAGUGGGGAGAAGGGUGGCGUCUAUGUGUCCAAAGUGACAGGGGGCAGCAUUGCCCACCAGGCCGGCCUGGAGUACGGGGACCAGCUGCUGGAGUUCAAUGGCGUCAACCUGCGGAGUGCCACGGAGCAGCAGGCGCGGCUCAUCAUCGGGCAGCAGUGCGACAGCGUCACCAUCCUGGCGCAGUACAACCCACACAUGCACCAGCUGGGUGGCGCCGGCCACUCCCGCUCCAGCUCCCACCUGGACCCAGCCGGUACCCACGCCAGUCUCCAGGGCAGCGCUGCCACCACCCCAGACCACCCGUCCCUCGUCGACCCCCUGAUGGAGCAAGAUGAGGGCCCGGGCACCCCCCCAGCCAAGCAGAGCACGCCCAGCGCCAGGACGCUGGGAGACGCCACCAAGAAGCCUGCCGAGCCCCGGGUCGUAUUCAUCAAGAAGGCCCAACAGGAGCUCGGUGUGCGCCUGUGCGGGGGCAACCUGAGCGGCGUGUUCGUGGCCGACGUGGAGGAUGACAGCCCCGCCAGGGGACCCGACGGCCUCAUACCGGGGGACCUCAUUCUGGAGUAUGGAGGCCUGGACGUGCGCAGCAAGACGGUGGAGGACGUCUAUGUGGAGAUGCUGAAGGCCAAGGACGGGGUGCGCCUGAAGGUGCAGCACCGGCCCGAGGACUUCGCCAAGGCCAAGGGGCUGCCUGGAGACGGCUUCUAUGUCAGGGCCCUGUACGACCGGCUGGCGGACGUGGAGCACGAGCUGAGCUUCAAGAAGGACGACAUCCUGUACGUGGAGGACACGCUGCCACAGGGCACCUUCGGCUCCUGGACGGCCUGGCAGCUGGACGAGAACGCCCAGAAGAUGCAGCGCGGCCAGAUCCCCAGCAAAUACGUGAUGGACCAAGAGUUCUCCAGGAGGCUGAGCAUGUCCGAAGUCAGAGAGGACGGCAACGCCGCCAAGACGCUGUCGGCGGCCGCCCGCAGGUCCUUCUUCCGCAGGAAGCACAAGCACAAGCGCGGUGGGUCCAAGGACGGGAAGGACCUCCUGGCCCUGGACGCCUUUCCCAGCGACUCCAUUCCACUCUUUGAAGAUACAGUGAGUCUGGCCUACCAGCGCGUCCAGAGGGUGGAUUGCACCUCCCUGAGGCCUGUCCUCAUCCUCGGACCGUUAUUGGACGUCGUGAAGGAAAUGCUGGUGAACGAGGCACCUGGCAAGUUCUGCAGAUGCCCCCUUGAGGUGAUGAAGGCCUCCCAGCAGGCCAUCGAGCGGGGCGUCAGGGACUGCCUCUUUGUCGACUACAAGCGGCGGAGCGGCCACUUCGACGUGACCACGGUGACAUCCAUCAAGGAGGUCACUGAGAAGAACCGGCACUGCCUCCUGGACAUCGCCCCCCACGCCAUCGAGCGGCUGCACCACAUGCACAUCUACCCCAUCGUCAUCUUCAUCCACUACAGGAGCGCUAAGCACAUCAAGGAGCAGAGAGACCCCGUCUACCUGAAGGACAAGGUAACUCAGAGGCAUUCCAAAGAACAGUUUGAGACGGCUCAGAAGAUUGAGCAGGAGUACAGCAGGUAUUUCACAGGGGUCGUCCAGGGAGGCGCUCUGCCCAGCAUGUGCGCGCAGAUCUUGGCGAUGGUCACCCAAGAGCAAAACAAAGUCCUGUGGAUCCCUGCCUGCCCACUCUAGGGAGCCCGCGGGGAGCAGCGCAGGCAGCUCCGUCCACUGCUGGCAGCUCACGUCCACGCCAGUGUCUAGGUGUGCGGGGGCUGGAGUCCACGCUGGCAUCUGGACAUGCAGGGGAAGGCGCUUGGCACGGACUGCGGCGGCACUGCCUUUGUGGACAGACUCAGAUGCCGGCAGCCCGGGGCCAGCACAUGCUCCUCUCACACGUGUGCUUUACGACAGAACAAAGCGAAGACAGACACAGAAGGCUUCUGAGAGGGCGGCGGCACCAGCCUUCCCUCGCCCGCUCCCCAGGAGAUGCUGCAGAGAGAACCUUUCAGAUCACAAGUUUACAAGCCUUUCCUAAGUAUUUGGUGGUUUAUGUUUACUUGAACGGUGCCAUUUGUUGGUGCCCGGCCUUGUUCCUCCAUCCACUCCUCGUGUUGUUUUUAUGUUGGUUUUGUUCCUGUUUGCGGCGAAAUGACCUUGGAACCUCAUGGGAGGCUGCUUUGCCGUGGGGGGGCUCUUGUUGGUGGGACCAAGAUGGGUUUGGCUCCUCCAUGGCUCCCGUCCUGCGGGAACACCCCUGGGCUGGGGGUGAGGGUCGACCCUGCCUACCGCGGCCACUUCUUCCCUCCUACACCGCCGCAGGUGGCUUGGACCAGCCCAAACAAUGUGUUCCUUCAUCCUCUCCUCUUCCUCCUCCCCGCGUCCUCUCGUGUUCUCCUCCGUGUUUGGUGUCAGCCUCUGUCUGAUCCAGCAGAGCUUGGGCUGACGUGUACACAGCCAGGUGUGGGCAGGGGCUUAAGCUCGGUGGGGGGUGGGGUGCAUGCGUUGGGUCCUCUUGAGGUUCUGGCCAUCAUGGCCACCUUGACUGGUGCAAUUUUUGCAGGGUAAUGAAUUCUGAAGCUCCUUUGAGUGGGGCGGGCACAGCCAUGUUUUUUAGGAUGUGAAAGCAUUCACCUUUCAUACCGUUAGUGGAAUUACAGCGCUCAGUGCUGACGCUGUCAGAGAGCUAAAGAAUUAGGCUGUCGUGGUCUCGGCUGUGGCCCAUGGUGUCGGAGCUUUAUGGGGCGUUUUUUGUUUUGUUUUGUUUUGUUUUUGCACUUCUGACAGCUCGCUGUGUCCAGCUGAAGAUUUGAUGUGGUUGCCUUCAAACUGUGCGUUCUGUUAGUAACAGGUACUGUACCGGGCUCCCUGGGAGCACCUCUGGGGUAGGGCCUCAGUUUUAAUACUCUUCCUAACAUUUCAUUUUAUUAGCGAGAAAUCAUUGAUUUCAUUUUAUUCUUUGUAAUUCUAGACACUAGAGGGUAGUUUAGCCAUACUGACUUUUUUUUUUUUUUUUUUUAAGGAAUAUAUUUUCUUGCACAGUUCAAAAAGAGAGCGCCAGUUCAGGCCCAGUCUAGCCCUUUGUUUUACAGGUGCACAGUCCCCCAGCUCAGACACUCACCAGGGGCUGCUGGAGCGCCUGUGUGCAGCCCCCUGGGGGUCUGAGCCGGACACACAGCUGGGCAGGGUGGGACAGCGUGCAGGGACUGUUCCCACCAACUGGGGGUCUCUGUACUAAAACAUGGCUUUGUAUCUGACAUUAAACAGACUUUAGUACAAUAAAGGUCAAUUUCUAGAACCUGUGCUCGAGAUGCCUGGACUUCCCUGGGCCGGCUCCCUCCUCCACGCUCCUCAGUCCUGCAUCUUGGCUGCCUUUGCCUGGAGGGGGCUGCCGGGGAGGCUGGGAGCCCCCUCCCCCUGCCUCCCUCUGUCCCUCCCAGCUGCCUGUCCAAGCUUGGCAGUGGGACGGCGCGGCCGGCCCGGACAGCGUGCUCCUCUUCCUGUCCUUGGCCUCACGUCCCAGGC